AUGACUGAAAUUUUCGAAAAAAUACAAGGGAGAUCCGGUUCUGACAGUAAAAAUCAAUACUCAUCAUCUUCAGAUCCUUCUUUUAAAAUUUCUCUCUCUUCUACACCUUCCGUAUCUGUUGAGACAGCCGAAGCAAAAGGAACGACUGAGUAUGACAAUCAGAACGUUUCGACUAGUUAUGAUCCCAUUCUUUUACCGGACCGUUUAAAAAACGUGUAUGAAGAAAUAACUACUCAGGUGAAACAAAUAGAAAAAACAAAGGACUCAGAGGAACAGCCCGCCGACUCUAGAAAAAAAUCAAAUGAAGCUAUUCCGUCUACGGAUACUAAAACUGAAAAUCUCAAAACUCUCGAGCCCCAAAAUGAUCCUUUAAAAACUCCUCCAUCCAGCCAUUCCCAACUGGACAACUCAUUCUAUAAAGCAUCUGAACCGAUGGCCUCUAAUCAGAUUAUGGGACGUUUAGUUGUACGUCUUCGUCAGGCCCGUAAUCUGCUAAUCUCCAGUAUGCAUGUUGAACCAUAUGCAGUCAUUAAUUAUGAUAAAACCGAAGUUGUGACUCCUUCUUCAAAGAAAGAUGCCGAAAAUGGGAUGGGAAUUACCAUCCCUUGCAAAACACGAACCGUGAACGAGAACUUUCCUAUGUCUCCUUCCCUCAUUCAAUCUGAGUUGUUAUUUGCUGAAGCUCGAGCACCUCGAUGGGACUUUGAAACUGUUUUCGACGUUAUAAAUCCAGAGUCCGCCGUUUCUGUCAGUGUUUACGACCGUUUGAAUAACGAUUUCUUCCUAGGAAGCGUCAAGGUUGUGCCGGUUUUAUUAAACGAGUAUUUAAAUGAAGGGUGGUAUAAAUUGGAACCUUUGGACUUAUCACAGCCCUUCGAAGGUGAAGUCAAUAUUCAAAGUAUAUUUGAACAGUCAGAAAUCACACGAUUCGGACCAGAAGAUUUUACGAUUCUUCGACUGAUCGGGAAAGGAACAUUUGGCCACGUUUAUCUUGUUCAAAAAAAUGACACGGGUCGAAUUUAUGCUAUGAAAAAGAUUUCAAAAAAAUUAAUUGUUAGAAAAAGGGAAGUAACACAUACUAUUGGGGAGAGGAAUAUACUGGUUCGAACUUCACUUGAUGAAUCACCGUUUAUCGUUGGACUGAAGUUUUCUUUUCAAACUGAUUCUGACUUGUUCUUAAUUACGGAUUACAUGAGUGGAGGUGAAUUAUUUUGGCAUCUACAACAUGAGGGGCGGUUUCGCGAAGAUCGGGCUAAGUUUUAUAUAGCAGAACUUGUUUUGGCCUUAGAACAUCUUCACAAGCAUGACAUUAUUUAUAGAGACCUGAAGCCCGAAAAUAUUCUUUUAGAUAUAAGCGGACAUAUUGCAUUGUGUGAUUUCGGAUUGUCGAAAGCAAAUCUUUCGUCCGAAGACACUACAAAUACUUUUUGUGGAACUACGGAAUACCUGGCACCCGAGGUUUUAUUGGAUGAUAAGGGGUAUACGAAGCAGGUAGAUUUUUGGUCUCUCGGUGUUUUAGUUUUCGAAAUGUGUUGUGGUUGGAGUCCCUUUUAUGCACCGGAUGUGCAACAGAUGUACAGAAAUAUAGCUUUUGGGAAAGUUCGGUUUCCCAAAGGCGUGCUAUCCCAAGAAGCUCGCAGCUUCGUUCGUGGAUUGCUGAAUCGGAAUCCCAAACAUCGACUGGGAGCAAUUGCAGAUGCGGAGGAACUAAAAGCGCAUCCAUUUUUUGAUGAUAUCAACUGGAGUUUGCUGGCGAAGAAAAAGUUACCCCCUCCAUUUAAGCCUCAAGUACAAAGUGAUUUGGAUGUCUCCAAUUUUGAUCAAGAAUUUACGAACACUAAUGUUCGCAAUAUAAACUUAAAUGGUCCCCAGGAUUCAGUUAAUGGUUCUACACCUCUAUCAAAUACGAUGCAAGACAGAUUCAAAGGAUUUACUUUUACCAAUAAAUCCUUAGAAGAUCGGUUUGAAGGUUUUCACGUUGAUGAAUUUUCGGAAAGAGACCGGCUCAAAGACUCCGUUCGUAAUGAAAAAAACGGUUUUGAUAAAGAUGACCCUGUAGCAGAUUCUGUUUUUGGAGAAACAUUUGAGGGUUAA